AUGAACAGAAGUACGAAGGCGUCUCGUAGACCGACGAGGGGUCGUAAGCGAGUAAGCGAUGUACCCUACUCGACGGAGCUUCUGCGUCGCAAGCGCGUCGAGGCCCAAACUCUUCUGCUGGAAGUGCAAACAUUGAGCACUCAUCUCGCUACACUACAAGAGGUGCGGCGUCAUCAGAUCAACGCCGUCUCUACCACAACAAAAGGUUCUUCUGUAUCAGUGACGCAAUGGCGAGGCGAAGCAGCGAUUGAGAGCGAGAAGCGAUGUCGAGCUGAAAAACUCAAUCGAGAGUUGAAGGUAUUACUAGCGGAGCAGAUGAAGCUUCGAGGUCCCAUACUCAAGGCGUUAGAGAAGACCGACGCGCUCCAGAUACGUCGAAAGACGCCUACUCCUCUUGAUAUGAACGCCGAAGCUUCGAUUGUAGAAGGUCAGUUAUGCAACAAUGCCGUGGCCACCUUCCGAAAGUACGACGAAGGUGACCGCAUCAUUCUGGUGGGGACAACCAAGUGGUUUCGUCCUAGCGGUGAGCUUCUUUUACAAGACUACAACUGGACGGUCAUUUCUCAGUCGCCUAUUACCCCACUGGAAGCGUGUGUGGCUCGACACUGCUACAAACUCGAGAUGACUGCGACUUCUUCCAUUGAAGCAUCUCGAGCACAAAAGCUCCUGUUCCAUAUUGUCAGUAGCAAGAUGCGAUGCUUAUAUCAGGAUAUGCAAGACGUCCUUCUUAAUAGCGUUGAUCUUGUGCAAGAUGCCUCAUGA